AUGUCUGGCAAGGGCAGCGGCAAGUCCAAGUCUGGCAAGGCCUCCGGCGAAGCCUCCUCGAAGUCGCAGUCUCGCUCUGCGAAGGCGGGGCUCCAGUUCCCCGUCGGUCGUGUCCACCGUCUGCUGAAGAAAGGCAACUACGCUCAGCGUGUCGGUGCUGGUGCUCCGGUUUACCUCGCCGCCGUCCUUGAAUACCUUGCGGCGGAGAUUCUCGAGCUCGCGGGUAACGCGGCGCGUGAUAACAAGAAGCAGCGCAUUGUUCCCCGUCACUUGCAGCUUGCCAUUCGGAACGACGAAGAGCUCAACAAGCUCCUCGGUAACGUCGUCAUCUCGCAGGGCGGUGUUGUACCAUUCAUCAACCCCGAGCUCCUGCCCAGCAAGACACAAAAGGGCAAGAAGGACAGCCAGGAGGUUUAG